CCUCUCCUGCAAGGUCUCACCUGUCAGGUUCAAACUCCAAAGCUGCACAGGCUUUUUAUGACUUAAAUCCCAACUGAAAAUUUAGAGGAAACAGCAUCAUGGAGUCUCCGGUCAGGGAUUCCCCCGUCAGAGCGGGCUUUCACAGACUGGAGGUCCAGAAAACCACCUGGGACGUCCCGGAGAGAUACACGACGCUGCGCUCCAUCGGCUCUGGAGCUUACGGGACAGUUUGUUCUGCCAUUGACCAGAAGACCAAGGAGAAGGUGGCCAUCAAGAAGCUGUAUCGUCCUUUCCAGUCGCUCAUCCACGCCAAACGGGCCUACAGGGAACUGCGGCUGCUCCGCCACAUACAGCAUGAGAAUGUGAUCUGCCUCCUUGACGUCUUCACCCCAGACUCCACACUGGAAAAAUUCCAAACCUUUUAUAUGGUAAUGCCAUUAGUAGCCCAGGAUCUGGGCCACAUCAUGAAGAAGCGGCGAUUAAGUGAUCGCAUCACCAUAUACCUGUUCUACCAGCUUCUAAGAGGACUCAAGUAUAUUCACUCUGCGGGGAUCAUUCAUCGGGAUCUGAAGCCUGGUAACCUUGCUGUAAAUGAAAACUGUGAAUUAAAGAUCCUGGAUUUUGGCCUGGCAAGACAGACAGAGAGUGAAAUGACUGGUUAUGUUGUGACGCGCUGGUACAGAGCACCAGAGGUCAUAUUCAACUGGAUGCACUACAGUCAAACAGUGGAUGUGUGGUCAGCUGCCUGUAUCCUGGCUGAGAUGAUUACUGGCCAAGUGCUUUUCCCAGGACAUGACAGUAUUGAUCAGCUGAAGGAGAUCCUCCGUCUGACAGGAACACCAGACUCCUCGCUGGUCCAGAAGAUGCAAAGUAAAGAUGCACAGUCUUAUGUGCAGGGUCUUCCUCCCCAAAAGAAGAAAAACUUCAGGGAGGUGUUUCUGUCCAUGGAUAAAAAUGCUGUAGACCUAUUGGAGGGGAUGUUAGUGCUGGACCCAGAGACAAGGCUGACAGCUAAGCAGGGACUGUCGCACCCUUUCCUGGCUGAGUAUCAUGAUCCAGAGAGCGAGCCAGACUCUGAGCCUUAUGACGACUCCUUCGAGAGCCUGGAGCUCGCCGUUGGAGAGUGGAAGAGUCUCAUCCACAUGGAGAUCAUGACCUUCGACCCUGACAACCCUAGACAGACAGCCAUGUAGGACGCUGUUAUGUUCUGGUGCCUCCCAGUGUUGGGAUAUAAUACAUAUACAAACUGUAAAGGUCAACAACACUGUCAAGCUCUUAGAAACAAAUACCAAACAGCAUCAGAAUAUUUUUGAGGCAUCUGAUAUGUCUUACAAUUAAAAUGCAUUUUAUUAAAGGGCAGCUGCACUUGGUGUGGUGGCCUGUACGGGUUGUUAUUCUGUAAUAUUUAGACACUAGGUUGACUAGAAGGAGCAGUUGGCCUACACCUAAAAUUUUAUCCAAAACAUGAAACCAAUUAUUUUUAAAAUGAUGUCUUCUCUUUUUAAAAAGUACAAAAAUGUACUGACAGCGGCAUCAAGUGGUGAGGUUGCAGAUUGCAACCAAGUGAAACUUCUCCCACGUGCCAAGUGUGUAAGAGAACUAUGGUGGCUGACCCCAAAAGGCAAUUGGCGCUAUCAAGAGUCAGCAUUUGGUUUGCACGUUCCAUGCUACUGUGAAACCUCACAACCUCUGUAAAAGAGACCAGCUCCGUAUGUAGACAUAAACGGCUCAUUCUAAGGUAACAGAACACAACGAUUCAUAGUUUCAGGUGAUUAUAAACUAGUGAAAACUUAGUUAUGAAUAUUAUAUUCCAUAUUAUAUUCCAUCUCUGCCAAUAACUGCCCAUAAAUUCAUAAAUUGGUCUUGCACCUUCUUCAAAAUAUUUAUUUCAUUGCCUACUGUAAAGUAGAUGGUAAUGAAAUGAAAUACGCUCAAAAAUGGGUGUGUUUGUUACGUGACUUAUAUGAAAAAACAUAGUAGAAAAAUAACACAUAAAAAAAUCCUUUGUUACAUUUUAUCUUACUUUACAAGGACGGUUUGUUUGUGUCUCAUUACCUUCGUCAAGGAGGUUGUGUUUUUCAGUUUAGUUUGUUUGUGUGUUUGUCAACAGGAUUAAGGAACAACUACUGGCUUGAUUCUCAUUAAACUCGGUGGCAGGGUGUAGCAUGAGCCAGAGAAGAACCCAUUAAAUUUUGGAUCGGAUAUGAAUUUUAGAUACACAAAUCAUUUUUCAGUUUCCUAAAGACUGCAAAAUAGGGCAUUUGGCCUUGGUGGAGGUCUGCGCUCUCUGAGUGCACUUCUCAUUUUGUAUGAUUCUGUGUAACAUACUAAGAGUAUGUAAAUGGUUUAUGGUGCAAUGUCACUUUUGGAGUCCUUUGGAAAGAUGUGGGAUUUUAUUGUUAAUCAUUGUUUUUACAGUUGGAACAUACUCACUUGUUUUCAAAUAAAACAUUGUAGAAAAUGG